GUUCUUUCUUCGUCUUCUUCCGCCCACGGAAAGCAUGACGCUCCGGCUGUCCUUCGGUCCUGCGCGGUCGCGAGUCGCAGCGGUCGAGUCGCAGCGCAGCGGCGAUGGACCCCUUUGAAAAUGCAGCGCUGGAUCCAUGGUCCGGGAAAUCUUUAGGAGAAGUCGAGAAGCCCGAGGGCUUUGACGCCUUCUGGCAUGAGCAGGAGGCCGUCCAGCGUGGUGAGAAGGAGCCACCUCCAGACCUUUUGGCUGGAGGGGAGGAGACUGGGAAGAAGGGCAAGGGCAAGGGCAAGGGCAAAGGCGGCAAAGGACGCCGGAACUCGCGCUACAACGUGGUCGCGAGGCCUCCGCCCCGUGCGCGUCCCAGUCAUUUCGUCGCGAUCCGGCUCUUCUCGCGGAUGAUCCGUCGAAAUGUGCAGCAGAUGCAGCAGUGGUUCAUCGCCAAGAACCCCUUAUUUGAGCAGUGCCUGGUGCCGGUGAGGCGCUUGCACAGCUCCUUGCUGCUCACGGCCAUUCCGCCGGAGCGCCGCGGCGAGGCGCAGGAGGCCUGCCAUGAAGCAGGAGAAGAGAUCCGAGACUUUCUCGGGGAUCAACCGGUGAAGAUCGUCGCCAGCGGCAUCAGCUCCUUCAAUGGCCAGAUCCUCUUCACGCGGCUGCGCACCGAGCCGCACGACAUGCUGCAAGCCAUCCACGACGCGCUCUCGAGCGCCUUCAUGCGGCAUGGCUUUCCGGUGCUGGACGAGAGCGCGAAGUCGUGGCUGGAAGAGGGAGAGGAGCCGCACGACUUCAAGGCGCACGCGUCCUUCAUCAAGGUCUCGAAGGCGAUGGCCCACGCCAAAUCGGAUGCUGAUAAGCGCAAGUUCCGAUCCCUGCGUCUCGCGUCCGACGAUCUGGACGCGUGGCGCGACGUGUUCUUCGGCACGCAGAUCUGCACGGAGUUUGAGCUGCUGGACAUGAUUGGAUCGAGCCGUGAUGGCUACUAUCCGUGUUUGCAACUGGAGCACUUUCAUGACCGGACCGUCAUGGUCUCAGAGCCCAACCUCGAUGUGAGUCUCGCAGCAGGUCCCGUGCGCACGGCGAAGCUUCGGGUGGAUCAACAGGCGGGUGCUGGGCUGCAGCUCUCGGCCUGCGAGGCUGGAUACCUCGUGGAGGAGCUGGACCCUUGGCCCGGCCAGUCGGACCUCCGCGCCGGCGAUGUGAUCGUGGCCAUCGGCGAGGAGCUGCUCAUUGGCCUUUCCGAGGCCAAAGUGGAAGAGGAGUUUGGCAAACACUUUGAAAAUGGUGCCUUGACCAUCGUGGGCCCCCUGGAGCUCUUGCAACAGAUGCCCCUGGACCACGUGCGCCGCGCCGCCAACCGCUUGCUGCGCCCCUGGCGCGACGACCGCGGCAGCGUCGGCAGCGUGGGGUCGGUGCUGGUGACCUCGCCCGCGGGCGUGCCGCGGGGCAAGCGCCACCGCUUCCGCGUGACGGCGCAGGAGUUCCGGCCGGAUCCACUGAACCAACCCGGGGGUGAUCCCUGGGCGAAUGCCGCAGCGAAAGGCUAUGUCUAUCCCGAAUACACCGGUUGGGGUACCAAGUUCAAGAAGCGCAAGGCCACGGUGGUCGAUUCCUCGCGUUUCCUGUCGAAGCCCAAAGCAGUGCACGUGGACGAGCACGGCUUCUUCGAGAACAAGGAGUUGACCAAGGUGCAUCAACGGCUGCAUCAGAGUUUGCGGCGGGCCAACUCACAGGAGAAGGUGCUGAGCAUCAUCAAAGAGGAAAAAGGCCUCCUGAGCACCUCCAACCGCGUCGUUGCCCUGACUCGCCUGGCUUCCUUGGAUCGCAGCGCUGAAUGCACCAGGGAUCCGCGCGUGGAUGAGCUCUUGAAGGAUCUCUUGGAGGACUUGGAGGCCAUCGAAGAGUCUCAAGUCACUUUGCCUCCACCGACCAUGGCGAGCUUGGCACUUGGCAUGGCUCGACUGGGUUUGCGCCACCCGGAGAUCUUCCGUUGUCUGGGACAAGUGGUUCGGCGUUCUGGGCUUUGGAGCUUCGCGGACAACGAGGCCGCGUCGCUGCUGGAGGGCUUCUCGCGCGCCCGGCGCUGCGACGAGGUCCUCUUCCAGGAGGCAAGUCGGCUGAUCAUGGCACGGAUGGAUUGGAUGGAGCCCAAAGCGCUGACGACGAUGAUGACGGCCUUCGCGUGUGCGAACCUAGCCAUUGAAACGCUCUUUUUCGCCGUGGGCGACUGCGUGCUCCGGCGCAUCGAGCACGGCGAGGCCUGGAGCUUGCGGCCGCUGGCGGAGCUGGCCGACGCCUUCGCGCGCGUGCGCAUGCGGCACGCGCUGCUGCUGGACGUGGUGCCCGGCCGCUGCGAGAAGGCCAUCCCGUCGGUGGAGGCGCUGGUGCUGCUCUUCUCCGCCUACGUGGACUCGCGGCAGGGCUUCGGUCCGGCCGAGCUGCGCGACGCGUUGGCGAGGCAACUGCUGGAGCGGCAAGGAGAACUCAGUGCCACCUUGAUGCGGCGCCUGCUCCAAGCCGCCGCGCGGGCCCGUUGGCCCAGCCAUGCUUUGCUGGAGGCGGCUUCGCAGGUCGCGCUGCGAGAGCCCAGCACCUUUGAGAUCGAUGCCAUGUUCGACUGUUUCCUGCAGUUGCGGGUGGUGCCGCCCGCGGAUUUCCCCAUCAGCGCGGAGAAGAAGAAGCAGCGAGAAGAGCGACUGAAGGCGAGAGAAGAGAGGCAGAGGCGCUGGAAGGAGAAGCAAGGUGAGGGCGCUGAGGGAGAGGUGGAAGCUCUGGAGGAGGCGUCGCUGCCAGAUCAUGCGCUUCGCACUUGCCGUUUGCGUGUGGAGCGUGAUGUUGGAGCUGGCUUGGAACUGGAGGCCUGCGGCGCAGGCUACCUGGUGGUGGAUUGCUUGGCGCCCGAGCAGAGCCUCCGCUGUGGGGACAUCAUCGUGGCCAUCGAGCGUCGCGUGUUGAUCGAUCUGAGCGAAGAGGACGUGGAAGAGAACUUCGGCGCCGAGUUCUGCGAUGGAGCCGCUUUGGUGGUCGGCACCUUCGAGGAGUUGCAGCACUUCUCCCUGCGGAGCAUUCGCCGCAAGGCCUCCGACCUGGCGGGCGGACGCGCGGACGCGCCCGAAGCCAGUCCAGCCGGUCCAGCCGGGCCGGGAGCGACGGGAUGCGAAGGUGCCCGUGAGUGACGAAAACAAGCGGCGCUGGGGAGAUGGAUGAAUUUUGGGAGGGGAGACAUGCCAGAAACUUCUUUGGACAAAUGUUCUUCUCCCUCCACCAAAAAGAUGAAGCUUCCUCUGCAGGUGUUUCAGCCCAGCCCAGGUCCUCCUUCAAAGCUCUGCAGUCCCCGCGCGCCGCGCUCAGCCGCGUCGGCCGCCGACGCCGCGGCGAGCAGCACGGUGACAGAGCCGGUGGCAGAGGUGCCGAGGGCGGUGCGCGGCCGUCGAGGCAAACAUGGAGUCAGAAGCACUCUGGAGGAGAAUGAAGGGAGCAGAGAGGACGUGGAGAGGAAGAGAACAGCUGACACAAACACAGGUGACAGAGAAGGAGACAAAGAAAGGAGGAACGAGCCCAAAGGAGCAGGUUCGACUGGCUCGAUGGAGAAGAAGUCGUACUACCAAGCACCAGCCAAAGGCCAAGGCUCAGGACAGCGGGUUUGGCGGCCAAAGGUGUGAGGGAGGGAGGAAGCUCUUCAACGUGGUGAUCGCGACCAAGAGAGGUAGCCAGUGACCCAACGACUAGGACCCGGAACACCUGGGGUAGUCGAACAGUCAGGUCCUGACCCACCUCUGGUCCGGGACGUGUACAGAAGUCUGUCCUUUCACGAAGGUUUUCUUCGUGCGCUUCGUCGCCGGCCCGGAGAAGAAAAAGGAUCGAAGCCCAG